GGAAGCAGCUAAGGCGGAGAGAAGGUCGGGUUGGCGCCGUGACUUUCGGUCUUUCUGGUUUAAACCUGAGCGUCUCAGUCCACGGUCCCGCACACGUGACGCCUGGGGGUCACUACGGACAUUGAAGUCCCCGCACCAGCGCCCCACACAGCGGAGCUCCUUGUCCCUGACUGUCCUGGGACACAGGACAGGAGGAGGCAGCAUUUUCAGCAUUUCAAGGUCCUGCCUGUCAGUUUGGAGGAAGCAGAAGAAGGGCCUGUGCCUUCGCCCUUGAAGGCACAUUCUCAAGAUGCAGAAGUGAUUCCUCCCCAGAAUUUUCCUGAGGAAACAACCCGGAGCAGGAGGACGAGGACGAAAUGGCCGCUUCUCAGGGACGGUUGACAUUCAGGGAUGUGGCCAUAGAUUUCUCUCAGGAGGAGUGGGAAUGUCUGCACCCAGCUGAGCGGAAACUGUACGUGGACGUGAUGCUGGAGAACUACAGGAACCUGUGCUCCCUGGGUCUUGCUGUCUCUAAGCCAGACCUGGUCAUCUUUUUGGAGAGAAUGAAGUUGGCCUGGGAUGUGAAGCGAAAAAAGACAGUGUCCAUCCACCCAGUUAUGCCUUCUGAAGACACACAGGGCCUGUUGCCAAAACCGGGUAUAGAAGACUCAUCCCACAGAAUGCUUCUGAGUACGUGUAAUGGAGAGAGAAGUUAUCAGUUCAAUGAAUCUUGGAAAAACUUUAGAGAAGGGUCAAAUCCUGAAAAGCAUCAGAGAACUCGGUACCCAGAGAACCAUUGUCCAUGUGGGAGUGCCUUUGAUCAAAGCUCAAAUCUUACACAUCAGAAUAGUCAUAUUGUAGAGAAGACAAACGAAUAUAAAUGUGACAAAUCUUUGAACCGAUCUUUAAAUCUUACUGAACAUGAGAAUGUUCAUACUGGGGAGGAACCUUUCAAAUGUAAUCCGUGUGGGAGAGUCUUUACUCAAUUACCCAAUCUGUUAAAAAGAUGUAAGAAAAUUCGUACUGGAGAGAGGCCUUACAAGUGUAGAGAAUGUGGCAAAGCCUUUAUUCGGCGUUCACAUCUUACUAGGCAUGAGAUAAUUCAUACUACAGAGAAACCUUACAAGUGUAAACAAUGUGGCAAAGCCUUUAAUGUGCGUUCACAUCUUACUAGACAUGAGAAAAUUCAUACUGGAGAGAAGCCUUACCAUUGUAGAGAAUGUGGUAAAGCCUUCUUUUGGAGUUCUAGUCUUACUCAACAUCAGAAAAUUCAUACGGGACAGAUGCCUUACAAAUGUGAGCAAUGUGGCAAAGCCUUUCACUGGCGUUCACAUCUUCUUCUGCAUGAGAGAAUUCAUACUGGAGAGAAGCCUUACAAAUGUAGAGAAUGUGAAAAAGCUUUUAUGUGCUGUUCACAGCUUACUAUACAUAUGAGAACUCAUACUGGAGAGAAGCCUUACAAAUGUAGAGAAUGUGAAAAAGCUUUUAUGUACUGUUCACAGCUUACUACACAUAAGAGAAUUCAUACUGGAGAGAGUCCUUAUAAAUGUAGAGAAUGCGGUAAAGCUUUUACUCACCUUUCAAAGCUUGUUGUACAUAAGAAAAUUCAUACUGGAGAGAAGCCUUACAAAUGUGAACAGUGUGGCAAAGCCUUUAUUCAGCGUUCAUAUCUUGCUGCACAUAAGAAAAUUCAUGCUGGAGACAAGCCUUUCAAAUGUAGAGAAUGUGGUAGAGCCUUUACUCGGUGUUCAUCUCUUACUAUACAUGAGAGAAUUCAUACUGGAGAGAAGCCUUACAAAUGUAGAGAAUGUGGUAAAGCCUUUACUCAGCGUUUAUAUCUUACUGGACAUGAGAGAAUUCAUACUGGAGAGAAGCCUUAUCAAUGUAAAGAAUGUGGUAAAGCCUUUACUCAGCGUUCAUAUCUUACUAGACAUGAGAGAAUUCAUACUGGAGAGAAGCCUUACAAAUGUAGAGAAUGUGGUAAAGCCUUUAUUCAGCGUGCACAUCUUACUGUACAUGAGAGAAUUCAUAGUGGAGAGAAGCCUUACAAAUUUAAACAGUGUGGCAAAGCCAUUACUCAUCAUUUACAGUUUACUCAACACAUGAAAAUUCAUAAUGGAGAGAAACCUUAAAACUCAAGAAUCCGGGAAACCCUGUAGCUAGAUCUACAGCCUCACUCAAUUUCAGAGAAAGCUUACUGUGGAGAAAUCUACAUAAUAAACGAUGAAAGCACUUGGUUCUGAACACGCACUUCUAGAAAACCAACAGAAUUCAUGUUUCAAAGUAACUUUAAAGAUGUAAAAAAACUGUAAUCCAAAAUAAAAUCUCAAAUACCACAAAAUUGACAUUAGAAAGUAGUAAGUGAAGAACACUUUUCAGAUAUCACUCUAAAUCAGAAUACUUAUAAACAAUAACCAAAUGUUAAAAAACUUGUUUAAUAUGAUUGAAAGUAUCAAGGGCAUGGAUGUUGGACAGGUAUAAUUAUUUACAAUGAGUCUUUAUAUAUUGACAGUACUUGACGUUUAUUGAAAAAGAAAUAUUAAUGUGAUUCUAAUAUGAAGUUACUUGGUGCUAUGUUUUUACACCUAGUGUGUGUGUGAAUCGUGGGUUGAUUGUUGCUGCCUCAACAAUUGAUUGUUGAUUGUUGAGAACCCUCGUAUGUUGGUGGGAUUCACUCAGAUCUUCUCAGACUCAGAUGCACUCAGACUGAGGGCACUGUAAUAUAAAUGUAUGUAGAAAAUCUAUGUAGAGAUGCUGUUUGAUUGACUUAAAUGUUGAUGUAAGUCACCAUGAAGUAGGUGUUCAGGGCAUUGUUCUCUGCAUUAAUGUAAGACAGAAACAUUCUGAAUUUUAACUAGUUUUGCCCAUUGCGGUUUAAGGAAAAUAGGUGGCGGUUCAUUAAAACCAUGAUGUGUUUUUGUAGUAGCCAAAGAUAGGAGUUGUUGAGUUUUAUUUGAUGUGGUUGAAAUAAAGAAGUCCUCAGAGGUACCUGAGAAAAGGACAGAAACUCAUCCCUAAGUGCAUAAUUAUUGUACAUUCAUGUUUCCUAAACAAUGAGCCUCAGUCUUCAAACUCAUGGAAAACAGCUCUAAGGUUACUAUAUCAGAACAACCAGAAUGCUGCUUAAAUGCUUAUUAUCUGUAUUUUCUCCAUGGGUCCUACAGGUGGUUUAGACUAUGUGUGGACGUAUAUUUUUAAUAAUAAAGGUGAUUGAUUUGUAACGUACUACUAACGCUGAUCUGUAAUGAAUGACUGGUUUUCCUGCCAACUACGUUAACCUCUCCCACCUUAGUCAUGGUUGUAAUCAACAAUGCACUAUUUGGUGAUGCAGUGGAAUGACAGCAGUAGGAAUCCCUUUUUCCUGUGGUUUUAAUCUGCAAAUAAUGUGAGGCCAUUUCCCCCAUAAUUGAUGUAUCCUCUUCUGAUUGUAACUAGUGGAGAAUUAUUACAAUAAAGAUACAGUACUUCUGUAGAGAGUUUAGCUAAACUACCAUAUUGCUGCCUCAGAAUCCAUGUUGUGUAGCCAAGUUGCCUUGAAGUGACACUGGACCCUCCCACUAGUGCAUACACUAGACAACAGGUCACAGACUCACAAGUAAAUGUAAGUUCACUAUAGGACUUCUCCAUCAGCCCUUGUGAGCAACAGUGUCCCCUGCCUCUGAGGGACUUCACCUUGUAUACCCCCGAGAUAGAUCCCUGCAGAGCUUACCAAAACCUUGCUGUUUUUUGUUUGAAUUGAUCAAUGUGGACUUAGCUUGAGAACCCCAAAGCACUGCUCUCAUAGACCUUAAUAAAGGCAUGUGCCAUGGCUUCUGCCCUUCUCUGGUGCAUCCUGCCUCGGCCUUGCCAUGUAGCCCAUCCAGAUGUGCUGUGUCCUUCCUGCAGGACCCCCGUGAGGAUAAGAAACUGUCUGUGGUCCUUUUUUUACCCCCUCUCCUG